AGAACACAAAACGUAUGAGGAGUUGAAGAAUAUCAAGACACGCUGAGCAGACGGCUAUAUGUGGAUCAUCGAGAAAGUGAUCGAUAUCCGUUGAUCUGCAAUAUACUUCCAAUAAAUUUGGCAUUAAAUCGAAUCCACGUGAGAUCAAUCCAACAAGUAUAGGAGAACAAAAAAUUAAUUGUUUCAUUCCAGCGUCUAAGAAUAUUGUACUGUUCUACGUACUGGUUGCAUUUCCAAUUGCUCUGUGAUGUGAUUGCUAUUUUAAUUAUAUUGUUACUUAUAUUACCACCGCAAAGGAAAAUUUAUUGAACCAAAAUAGUUUGAUAUGAACUUCGGAUUGUUGAAAAUGGAAGGACUAUUUUUUCAUUGUAUUCGACACUGUGUUAACAGUGGCAUCCAUACUACAGUUCUGACAAUUACUGUGGCGAUCUCGCUCUUAGUUUGCAACAUCGAAUCUGCAUCAAUCUCUGAACAGGCUGUCAAACAUUAUUUAGAAGAGUUUGGUUACCUGACGAGUACAUCAAUCAAAGUUGCACCCUCUGAAGAGAAAAUUACACAUGCGCUCCAUAAAUUUCAAAAGUUUUCUGGAUUACCCGAUACAGGCGAAGAAGACAUGGUGACGAUGACCAAAAUAUUAGAGCCUCGAUGUGGUAAUAGUGAUAUCGACGACCAAGCUAUGACGUCAUCAAGGGGAAGAAUACGACGAAAGAGAUUUGUCAUCAUUCGUCCGUGGCCUAAGAAUGAUUUAACAUAUAAAAUCUCAAUUUAUACCACGAAACUUCCUGCGGGUAUAGUCAACUUUGAAGUGGCUAGGGCAUUCAAGCUAUGGUCUGACGUUGCCCUACUCACGUUCACUCAGAUCUAUAGUGGCGAUGCUGAUAUCGAUAUAUCGUUUCAUAUUGGUAGCCAUGAUGAUGAUCGUCCGUUCGAUGGUCCUGGGAGGGUGCUGGGGCAUGCAUUCCCGCCAAGUGUUACAACAUCCAGGCCAGAACUCAUUGGUCAUAUUCAUCUUGACGAAGAAGAGAACUGGACAGCCAAUUCACCAUCAGGAAAAAAUCUUUGGUUGACAGUGGCCCAUGAGAUAGGUCAUGCUAUUGGACUGGGUCAUUCUAAGGUAUUGUCAGCCCUCAUGUAUCCUUGGUACCGGACCUUUGAUCAAGACUUUACCCUCGAUCAAGACGACAUCAGAGGGGUUCAGUUUCUCUAUGGUGCACGACCGGGAACUGAGCUGGUUUCUCCGACAAGCUCUCCUCAAGGACCAAACAACCCUAACAUACCAGACCUCUGCAGCGUGUAUACUGAUACCAUAACAUUCACAGCCAUGGGAAACAUGUAUGCCUUUAAAGAUGGGUUUUAUUGGAUAUUGGAGAAGGGUCAGCUGGUCCCUGGAUUUCCAAAACUUAUCUCGGGAUACUGGCCGGGACUUCAAAGCAACCUCUCCGCCUCCCUCUCCAUGAAAAAUCCUAGAGUGUGGGGAGCAGAUGUGGGCAAGACUUACUUCUUUAAGACUAUAUCAGGAAGUGUUGCCGUGUGGAAGUACAGUGCUGAAAACACUUUAGAACCUGGUUAUCCCAAAGCGUUUGAGAAUGUGUUCCCUGAUUUUGGGUCGAGUCGACCAAUUAUCUCAGUACAGGGAGUGGCAGAAAUAAGCGGGAAUGGCGAAACCAUUUUCAUCAUGGACAAUCAAAUCUACCUAUACGGGUGGGAGAAGGUGUUCCGAGGACCAUACGCCAUCACUGACAUCUUCCCUAACCUAUACGGCAAGGUUGCUUCUGUGAUCCAAGGAGCAGACAACUAUCUCUAUUUCUUCACGGAGAAUGGUUUAUACUAUCAGGUGUCACCUUGGACAUUCAACCUCAGUACCUACUUCCCUAGACUUGUUGUCCAAGACUGGUUCAGUUGUAACGAGUGAGAAUCUUCUAGAAAUAACCGUUGCAUAUACGGGAGUCUUUUAUUAUGAAGGAAACAUCUGAAACAUUUUUUCCUACCCGGGCCCUUUUUGGGUUUUUUGUUUUGUUUUACUAUAUAUAAACUUAUUCUUUUGAUAUUGAUAAAACUAAAUAUGAAAAGUGUAUUUGAAUUUUCUUUUAAAAGUUACAUCAUUUGCGAUUAAACUUACAUCGAAAAGUCAAAUGGUUAUUAUGAUGUUUAUCAAUGUUAGCAUGUUUAGUUUACAAUGCGAAGGCUAGACCUUUUUGAUAAUAUCAUCUUCCUUUUAUACCUUAUUGUGUUGUUUCAUUUAAUUCUAUUACGAGUUGAUCAAACAGGGACAGAUAUAGGUGCACCCAUGCGCAUAUAUGAAAGUUACAUCGAGUUAAUUUAUUCAACGGUGUCUAGAAUAGGAAAUGUUUUUCCUUUAGCAAAACACACAAGGCUCAAUAUAAAUGCUUUGAUAACGAAAUAUUCAAAUGGUUAUACAUAGGAAAAGAAAAGAACGAAAUAGGUCGAUAUUUGAAUAGCUAAAGAAUUUCAGGUUAAUUCCACCCCAAUAAAAAAAAACGUUGAUUAGAAUAAAUAGAGAAAAUCAAAAUUCUACGUUUCAUAUCAUGAAAAUAUUUCGAAAAAUAUUGAGUUUGUGAGGUCAUGGGUCACUCAAUCAAAUACUGAUCAGGAUGUACAUAUCUUUUGCCCCCCCCCAAAAAAAAUAAUAAGCGAAACUUAAAAUGUCUAUUAUUCAAAUCAACUUGCUUUUGGUGUGGGUGUGGCCUUAAAACAUUGUAAAAUUGUGUAAAUGUAGUUGAAAUUCAAUUUUAUCAUGUUUAUUGGUGUAUUAAACGAAUGAAUACAACUGAAUGAACGAAUUAUAAGCACAUGUACUCACGGAGGCGAGCCCAUUACAGAGUAGAAGGAGGGGGUAUAGGUACAUGUAUAUAAAGAACUAAAUAUAUAAUUAAUUAAAAAAAAAACGCAAAUUUGAUAUGAUGAAAAACAAAUUGAUUGAAAAUUUCACCACUUACUAGUUGGCGUCAAAGUAUUGAGAUGGGAUUGUUGUGGACAAAAUUCUAUUAAUAUAUCACUGAAAAUGUUAAAGUACUAAUAUUGAAAAUAUAGGGUAUUUUAUCAUGCUAAUUAGAGGAGAAAUGAGAUGAAGUUAUUAAGUUGCUUAUUAGAUGUGAAUUUGUUUAUAUAUACUUCAGGGAAAUGUAGUGUCAGUAUAUGGGGCUGGAACCCAAACAAAAUGGCACUCACGUAUUAUUGAGUUUUAUUUGUAUCUUUAAGAUGUAUUUAAGAAAAAGAAUAUAUCAAAUAUGAAGAAGAAUUUAGAAUCUAUGUAUAGCAUCCUGAUUACAAAAAAAGAAUUUUCAUUCCCUAUAUUAAAACACCGUUUUAAUCAACGUUUGCAUAUUAAAUUAUACAAAUAAUAUCAGUAUGCUUGA